AUGUCCGUUCCAGAAACAAAAGAGCUGCGUUCUGAGUGGAAGUCAGAUGUCGAGCUUCCGGAGUAUACAUUGAAAGAUGUGGCAGCACAUAACACCAAGGGUGAUACCUGGGUGAUCAUCCAUGGACAAGGUAACAUAACAUCCCUUUCAAAUAAUCCCCCAAAAAAAGAAGGUACUAAAAUUGCAACAGUCUUUGAACUCACAAAAUAUCUGCAAGAUCACCCAGGUGGUGCAGACGCUCUCAUGGAGGUAGCCGGGAUUGAUGCGACAGCAGCCUACGAAGAUGUUGGCCAUUCUGAAGACGCCCGCGAGAUCAUGCAGCCCUUCCUAGUGGGCACUUUGAAGAAUGCUCAGCAGUACGUCCGGCCGAAGGCAGUGCGUGUGGUCUCCCAAAAAGCACCUAAAGACGCCGGUUCCUCAUCGACCAUCAAGACUAUCGCUUGUGCUCUGGGUGGACUGCUCCCAGUCUUGUACAUCUUCAGCCAAAGCAGCCAUAUCACAAACCUGGGAGCCAUCAACCAACUGAUCCCUCGCCCACCGAAGAACCUACGGUUACCUCAGGGAGGUUUCGUCAACGGCUUUUUGGCUGCUUCUGCUAUUUCCACGGCGGUGGGAGUCCUAGUGGCACGACAGGCCGGCAGAUUCACCAAGAUCGACUCGGGGUUCAUGUGCCUGCCAUCUCAUCUCGAGUCCAAGAAGGCGAUUCGUGUCGAUCCGCAUCUGACACACGGUUUCCUCGAGCCGCAACAAUAUAAACGCCUGUCUCUCGUUGAAAAGACCGAAUUAGCAACGAAUGUCUACCGGUUCGUCUUUGCCCUGCCAGCCGCCACAGAUGUGGUGGGUCUGCCCAUUGGCCAACACAUCGCCAUCAGAGCCGUUGUCGAUGGAGCAACCGUCACUCGCUCAUACACCCCUAUCUCCAACAACCUCGACCGAGGUCGCAUCGAACUCGUGAUCAAGUGCUAUCCCGACGGUCUACUGAGCGGCAAAUACCUCGCCGGCUUGACCGUGGGCGAUGAAGUCGAAUUCCGCGGGCCCAAGGGCUCUAUGCGUUACACCAAGGGUCUUUGUCGCAAGAUCGGGAUGGUGGCUGGCGGCACAGGCAUCACACCCAUGUACCAGCUUAUCAGGGCCAUUUGCGAAAACGACACCGAUACGACAGAGGUUAGUCUGAUCUACGCGAACCGCAGCGAGUCGGACAUCCUCUUGCGCGAGGAGCUGGAACGGUUCGCGCGUCAAUACCCUCAAAACCUCAAGCUGUGGUAUCUGCUAGACUCUGCGCCCGAGGGCUGGACCUAUGGAUCGGGAUUUGUGGACCAGGCGGUUCUGGCGGAGCAGCUUCCUGCACCAUCGCCGGACACAAAGGUCAUGCUAUGCGGGCCGCCCGGAAUGGUCCAUGUCACUAAGAAGAAUUUGGUUGCGUUGGGCUUUUCUAAACCAGGGGUGGUCGGGAAGAUGACUGAUCAAAUCUUUUGUUUCUAG